CUCAACUUUGUCACACAUAACUCUCUUCGCAUAACUGUUUUCUGAUCCACGCUCUAAAAUUAGAUCUAAAGAUGCUAAAACGCGAUCUACAGAAAAUAACGCUGAAAUUGUCCGAUCUCAAGGACUACGAAAUAGCCCGACAGAAGAACAAGUUCAAGGGGGCAUCGCGACCCAGGUUAUCCCAGGAUGCCAUAACCGGAGAUGAUGCCUCCACUUCGGGGACAACAGCCAGUUGCAGUUCCAAUACGGGCACGGCAACGGAAACUGCAUCGGGAUCUGGAUCAGGAUCGGGAUCGGGUUCAGGUUCUGGAUCGUACAUUACGGGCCUGGGAUUAGGCUACAGAUCGGAGACACCCUCCUCCGCAUCGUAUACCACCUCGACGACCCCGACUCCGGCCACACAGGAGGAGAUACUGAGGCCCUCGUCCGCCGUUACGGCCACCACCACCACGGGCACCACCACAGGAUCCGGAUCCACAGAUGAUGUAAGCGUUGCGGCCGUUGUGGAUGAUACGGAUACCAUUGACGAAAUCAGCGACGACAACUGGGUGGAUCUGAAUGCGGACACGAACGAUACGAUUGAUACCCACGAGGAAGAGGAGGAGGAUGGGGCCAGGGGGGGAAUCUAGGAAGGCAGACCCAUAAUCCAGGAAUUCAGGCAUCAUAUUAUUCCGAAAACGUGGGAUCUACAAUUCCAUUAUGCAAACAUAACGCAGCUGCAAGUGAAGGCCCCCUAUUCGCAUUCCAUUUAUCAUCACAUUUUGUACAAUCAUAAUAACCUAUUGCAUGCUCCAUUUACUUACGUAUGAAUGCAUUUCUAUUUUUUCUGCUCUUCUUA